AAUACUCCCGAAGAUUUUCUCCACCUUAAUGCUGUUCCUUCUUCCAAUCGAACGCCACGAUCACCUGCUUUAUAUACUUCAGUGAAGACAUCUAUAUAUCUGUUAUUAAUUGAUAAAAUAAGCAGAUGUUUCCAUCCCCGUUUCUUAUGGAUUUAAAUGGUUCCUCUCCUCAUCAUUUGAUGAAAGGCCCCCCCCUCGGAGAGGAUUGCUGCUUCCAUGGUCUCAUGGCUCCCUGAAUGAAAUGGAGGCAGGAGCCCAUUUCCACAUGGCAGGGGAUGGGUUUGGGUCUUGAAUCAUAGAUAGCACCAUUGCAGGGCUUCAUGAUGUGGGAUUGUAUAAUUCACCUGGCUACUUUGAGUUCUGAGGCUUCCGAUCAUGGCGACUGGAAUGAUGCUUUGCAGAGAUUGUCUCUGGAUUUGAGUUUUUGAUCUGAAAGGAGAUUUUAGAUUAGGAGGUGUUGCGGUACAUCAAGGUUAGAAAGAUGGAAUUGGUGGUCGGAGAGCAGAGCUUCCGCCGGAAGAAGAUGACGAAGCAGCUGACGGGGAAACGGGAUGACACUCCGUUGCAUUCGGCUGCAAGGGCAGGAAAUUUGACAGUGGUGAAGGAGAUCAUUUCAGGAGCCAAUGAGGAGGAAUUGGAAGAGAUGCUGAUGAAGCAGAAUCAGGCAGGUGAAACUGCGCUGUUUGUUGCCGCCGAGUAUGGGUAUGUUGAUGUGGUGAAUGAAAUGAUCAAGUACCAUGAUGUUUUCAUGGCUGGAAUAAAGGCUAAGAAUGGUUACGAUGCUCUGCACAUAGCUGCUAAGCAAGGGGAUGUAGAUGUUGUAAAGGAGCUUUUGAUGGCUCUUCCAGAACUCUCAAUGACUGUGGACUUGUCAAACACCACAGCAUUACACACUGCUGCCACACAAGGCCAUAUCGAGGUGGUGAAUCUCCUAUUGGAAGCUGAUGGGAGUUUGGCACUCAUUGCAAGGAGCAAUGGUAAAACUGCUCUGCAUUCUGCUGCAAGGAAUGGGCACUUGGAAGUUGUCAAAGCUCUUCUGAACAGAGACCCUGGAAUUGCUACUAGAACUGAUAAGAAAGGACAGACCGCACUUCACAUGGCUGUCAAGGGAACAAGCUUAGACGUUAUUGAGGAGCUUCUCAAAUGUGAAACCACUCCAGUCAACUUGGUGGACACAAAGGGCAAUACGGCCCUUCAAAUAGCAGCUAGGAAGGGUCGUACUCAGAUUGUAAAAAGACUUCUUGCGCUUGAGGAAAUCGAUAUUAAAACUAUCAAUAAAUCAGGAGAGACGGCGCUUGACACUGCUGAGAAAUUGGGAAAUACAGAUGUUGCCACCAUAUUAGUACAGCAUGGUGUCCAGAACGCCAGGACCAUUAGACCUCCAAAUCCUGCCCGUGAACUAAAGCAACAGGUAAGUGAGAUAAAGCACGAGGUCCACUCCCAGCUCGAGCACACCCGCCAGACCAGGAAACGUGUGCAGGGAAUUGCGAAGAAGUUGAACAAGCUACAUGCAGAGGGCCUCAACAAUGCAAUCAAUUCCAACACUGUUGUUGCUGUCCUCAUUGCCACUGUAGCAUUCGCAGCCAUCUUCACCGUUCCUGGUGAAUAUGUAGAGUAUGAAAACCUGGCCCCUGGGGUCACUUUAGGGGAAGCCAACAUCGCACACCAAACACCUUUCAUGAUCUUUUUCAUCUUCGACUCCGUGGCUCUCUUCAUAUCUUUAGCUGUUGUUGUGGUACAAACCUCUGUAGUGGUUAUAGAGAGCAAGGCAAAGAAACAAAUGAUGGCAAUCAUCAACAAGCUUAUGUGGCUAGCAUGUGUGCUUAUUAGUGUUGCAUUCCUCGCACUGUCUUUCAUUGUAGUAGGGAAGCAUGAGAGGUGGUUGGCCAUUGGAGUGACAAUUAUAGGGACUACCAUAUUAGCCACAACAUUGGGCACCAUGCUCUACUGGGUGAUUGCCCAUCGGAUCGAGGCUAAGAAGCUGAGAAACAUCAGACGGUCGUCACUAAGUAGGUCGCGAUCAUUUUCUCCUUCCGGUUUGUCUGAUGGGGAUUUGUUCAACAAUGAGUACAAGAAAAUGUAUGCAAUUUGAGAAUGAGAAGGCCAGCUUCCUGACUGCGCUAUGGCUGGCUGCUGCACCUCUUACCACAAUGUAUAUCAACCAGGUCAUUGCUGUGAGUUCUUCCCCUGGCAGCAGUGCUUGCUUGGACUGGAAGGACAAGUGCAGGGAAGAAUAAUCAAGAACAAGUUUACAUGUUGAUGGGAGUGCACAGGUGAGGGAAGUUUAACUUAUACAAGGCUGAUUUGGUGAACAUUAUGAGAAUUGAGAAGGGCCUGUGUAUAUUUUCUUACAGAAUAUUACAGUGAGCUCUUUCAUUUUGUUUCUCAGAUCAGGCCAAAGUUUUCUGAAAUUGAUUGCAUGCCACCAUAGUGAUUUUGUCAGUUAUUUUACAGAGCGCAGUCUAUUUUCUUGUCUAACCACAUGGUGGUGAAUUUUGUUCCCAUAUUUGUGGAAGUGCACCGUCUGGGAGAAGCGGAAAUCAUCAUAAACCAUGUAGAUCAUCAUCAAAUAGGAAGGAAUAAUUUAUUUUUGUGUAUCCAAAAAGUGGUAUUGAUACAAAAGCAAUAUAUAGCCGGGCAAACUUAAUUUUCUCCUGCUAGUGCCUGGUAUUAUAUAAUUUCAUUAUAA